UCAACACCAAACACCACCCACAUCGCGACAUCGCCAUCGCCAUCGCCAUUACCACCUCCGCAAAUGCCUCCCCUCCCCUCCUCCGCGCCGCGCCCCCUCCUCCCCCGCAUCAUCACCUACUACCAAACCCACCAUGACCCCUCCGGCAAGCCCAUCUCCCUCCUCCCACUCCUCACCCAGCCCUCCAUCUCCGUGACGCAUGUCAUGCUCGCCGCCAUCCACCUCAACGACGACCCCCAGGCCCUCACCCUCAACGACCACCCGCCCGACCACCCCCGCUUCGACACCCUCUGGGCCGAGCUCCGCGUCCUCCAGGCCUCGGGCGUCCGCGUCCUCGGCAUGCUCGGCGGCGCCGCCCCGGGCUCCUUCACCCGCCUCGACGGCGUCCGCUUCGAGGAGUACUACGCCCCGCUGCGGGACCUCGUUCGCCGCCGCGCCCUCGACGGCCUCGACCUCGACGUCGAGGAGAGCAUGUCCCUGGGCGGCGUCGUCCGCCUCAUCGACCGCCUGCGCGCCGACUUCGGCCCCGGCUUCGUCAUCACCCUCGCUCCCGUCGCCAUGGCCAUGCUCGACGCCGAGAAGAACCUCAGCGGCUUCGACUACGAGGCGCUCGAGGUGCUGCGCGGCCGCGACAUUGCCUGGUACAAUGUUCAGUUCUACUGCAACUGGGGCGACGCCAGCAACACCUACAUGUACGACCUCAUGCUCGGCAAGGGUUGGCCCCCGGAGAAGAUCGUCAUCGGCCUCGUCACUAACCCCGCCAACGGCGCCGGCUUCGUGCCCUGGCACAUGCUAUCUGUCGUUCUCGCCCUCCUGAAGCGUCGGCAUCAGCAGUUCGGUGGCGUCAUGGGCUGGGAGUACUUUAACGGCCUGCCAGGGGGCGCCGAACGCCCGUGGGAGUGGGCGAGGGACAUGACUUCGGUUUUGAGGCGCGAGGCGCUCGCACCCCCGCCUAACCAGCCACCACCACACGAACCUGCAGAGCCUCCCCCAAUACCGCCACGACCUUCUGCCUCAACAACGGCGCCAGUUCGUGAAGUCGAGGCUGAUCCGGAUGAUGUGAAGGGGGGUGCCGCCGUCGUUCCCUCGCCUUUUGACUACUACUCAGACGAGUCUCGAGAUGAUUGACGAUGUGAUGAAACUGAGCAGUGCCAUCUUGGUCGCGUCGAACAAGCACCGAGCCGGCUCUGGCCAUCAGGGUAUUGGCAUCAGUGUGCGGACCAAGAAUGAAUCACGGACGAGACGAUCGCAUACGGCCAACCUUGCAUCUGCACAUAAGCGUGGAUUGGAUUACUGCUACAUAGAAGCACGGCGCGACCCAAUAUAAAUAGACAUGUAAUGAAUCAAACGUCAAAUUGUCGUCCC